AUGGGUUUCGACAGCGCCAAGUUCGUCACGAGUGUAGCAGACGAUAAGAAAUGUUUGUUGUGUCACGAGGUACUGGACAACCCCGUGCGGUCCCCCUGCGGUCACGUCUUCUGCUCAGGCUGCAUCACCCCCUACGUGCUGAAACACGGACAGUGUCCACAAAAAUGUCGCGCGCUCGCCCCCACCGACCUGGAAAACGUCCUGCCCUUACGCGAGGUCAUUCUCAACCUCAAGGUCAGGUGCGAGUUCUUCGACCGCGGCUGCAAGGAAGCGAUCCGCUUGACGGAUUUAAUCCGCCACGCGCAACGAUGCGGGUUCCGUCCCGUGCAGUGCAGCAACCCGGGUUGCGGCGCGGUGUUGCCCCAGAACGACAUCGACAACCACGAGACGGAGACCUGCACGUGCAGGCCUGUAGGUGAGUGCGAUAAAGGCUGCUGUCUGAUGCUGUACCAGCACACGGCCGACACGCAUGACUGCUACCAGGCGCUGAAGGCACUGGUGCGCACCCAGGAGGAACAGCUGUCUGAGCUGAAAGAGAAGUUUGCCCUGGUCAACACCAAGUUCUGCAAGAGGGAGAAGACACUGCUGGAGCAGGUGGCGGCACUCAACAAACAGCUGGGCGACCAGAACCUGGUCUUCAACAAGACCAUCAAGGAAGUCAAGAACCAGCAGAACUCGCAGAACGUCGCAGACCUGGAGAACGAGGUGAGGGAUGCUUGUGUGGACGUUGUUAUUUGUUUACACGUGUUCAUCUACAUGUGUUCGUUUAUAUCUUUGGUUUAUGCCAAUGGUGAAUUUGCUUGGCGCAGGAUUACACUUCAUCGUGACAAGCUCGGGUCUCUGGGGUUCAACAUCAUGGGCGGAUACACG